AUGCCGGUUGGGGAAGGGUUAGGAGUUCAUGGCGGGAAAUGGGGCUCUGCACCAUACUUGAAGCAUCCACUGCUUCCUUUAGCGCAGGUGGUUGCCGGGCUCCUGAUGUUCGCACCAUUGCUUACGGCCUUUUGGACACCUUGGAACCACAACUGCUGGGGCGUUUGUACUAGCUACGUGCAACUCAGCAUUGGAGGAACUGUGCCUUUCAGCAUCCUGAACCACUUCGGCCAUGCUGCAGCUGGACGAUGGGUGCCGGUUUUGCAAAAGCUUGACAGGAGCUUUAUUGCAUUGUCAAGCAUUGCGGGGAGCUAUGCACUGUCGCAAGAUGUGGCCUUUACUAUGGGCUCAGUUCUUUUGGCAGCUACAGCGAUUUGGAUGAUGUGGUUUGCCAGUCCGAAAUAUCGCGACAGCGAAAGCCUGGGCACUGGCUUAGUGGUCGUUAGUAUUUGCUAUGGUUUGCUGCCUAUGAUUCUGCACCGGGCUACUCUGGAUCCAAAUCUGCUGCCAGCUGCUGGCUCUAUCCUCGCCGGCUUUACCCUCUUCCAGCUGGAUCCAUUAGGAGUAUGGACGGAUUCUGCAUGGCACUUGCUUUUGGCGAUGGGACUUGAACCCCCUGCUCUAGUGGUGGCAAGCCUGGCCAAGACGGCUGGAACCUUGACACCCGAGGAGUUCAUUGCUGCACUGAGGCUUGGUGACAUGGGAUUUUGGUUGAAAGCCAGCAAAGCUCUGAGGCUCGAUGUGGGGGAGGUGAUCCCCGAUGAUGAGAUAUUCGAAGAGGACAGCCGUGCACAGCAGUUCAAUCAUUCUGAAGGUCGAAUUGAACAUUUGGCUGAUGUCAUAUUGACUUUGGUACAUGAUGCCAAGCUUCGGGCAGAAGCACAUGAUGUGGAGUCAGAUAUUUCAGCCAACAAUCCCCAGAAGUUGAAGGAAGACGCCAAGGAGAUCAUGGACUUGUUGCAGGCCAUGUCGUCUCGAAUGGGGCCGGCAGAGGCCGCUCAUCUCGGGGCUGAAAUUACCAUCGAUGAUAUCUCUAGGAUUCUCAAUGUGACCAACCUUCAAGGUCAUUUUGAAACCGUGGAAGACGAGUGUAAGGAUUGCUUCCAGGGGGACAUGAAGCCUGAGAAUGAGCAGCAGUUGCUUGACUUCAUUGAUGCCGCGAUGAAAGCACAGCUGGGAGGACCUAUGGGCCUCAAGGCAGCCAGGAGGCUCUCUGCGAAAAAGAGGCGUUUCGGCGCUGGGAAGCCCUGGAAGGGUGCUGACAUGAAAUACUGCAUUCAUCCUCAAGCUGAAAAGCAUCAAGGAUACAAAGAAGCAGUUGACAAAGCAAUGAAGGCCAUCACGAAGGCAGUCCCAUGCAUCAAGUUCACAGAUGUAGGGUAUGACUGGGCCGACUACACUCAAAACUACGACGGAAAAUGCGCACAGUCGCCAGCGGUCCUGUUCACUCGGUGGACUGGCGGUUGCAACUCCUAUGUUGGUAUGUUAACCCACAAGAAGUCGCAAGGAUUGAACUUGGCCAAUGGCUGUUUGACUAUGGGCAUUGUGAUUCAUGAGAUUCUUCAUGCUUUAGGCAUGGCGCAUGAGCAGUCCCGCCCGGACCGGGAUGCUUAUGUAUAUGUCUAUGAAUCACGCAUCAAAGCAGGACAAAAACACAACUUUGAUGUAGGAGAAGAAGGGGAUAUGGCUCGUCCGUAUGACCUCCUUUCCAUCAUGCACUAUUCAGCUGAUGCCUUCAGUACAAAUGGAAAGCCAACCAUUGUAGCCAGAGACAAGGCCUUUGCGAGCUACUCCGGCACCGAGCGCGAGAAGAUCAAAAUGGGGAACCGCGUGGGUAUGACCCAGCUGGAUGCCGACCAGCUGGCAGACCUCUAUACUGCUGAGCGAGGGUAUUGUGUGAGUGCACUGCUGACAGACACCAAGUGCACUGACAUGAUUGUGGAUGGCAAGCCUUGGGCUGAUAAGUGGGGCUCAGGUUGUGAUGCCUACAAAAAAAAUGGCGACUGCUCCAAGUGGGUAUCUGCAACUUAUUGCUGCGGUUGUGGAGAGGGAGGUGCACAGGAGCAAGUCUGGUCCCACGAUUGCGACCUUUGCCCAGGCACUUCAAUUAAACCAGCGACAUGCACUUGUGGGCAAAGUUCUUCGGGGACUGGAACAGUUUGCAAGAAUGAAGAAUUUAAGGCUGGCACCUUCAACCCUCGACCCUUUUGUCGGUGCGAGGAGGGCCACUUGGAAUGGUGUGCCAUCUACACUGGCUUCACCACAGAUGGCUGCAGGUGCAAGAGGAAGCCGAAGGGUUGGACCUUUGAAGGAGGCCAAGUUGCGGGGACAUGUGGUGAUCCCAACUCCGACGGCUAUGACUGGUGCUACACGACUGGCGAGUGCGAACACACCUGGGGGAAGUGUGAGUUGGCAGACUAA